UGCUACCUCGGCGGCCCCACGGCGUGCGACUGCCCCGCCGAUGCCACGGGCAUCCCUGGCAUCCUGGUCAACGUCUUCCCCGGGUAUCAGUGCGCGUACCCCAACGGCGCGUGCUCGUGGAGUGAUAUCACCGGCGCGCUGCAGAACACCGCCCAAGAGAAUUGCCCGGCCUAUGCACCGUGCCCAGCUACGGGGUGCGCAUGCCCCUUGGACCGCACGGGCGCGCAGGGCGUUUUGAUUAACAGGUUCAGCGGAUAUCAGUGCGCGUACCUCAACGCUGGGGUGUGCACGUAUGACGCGGUAGGA